GGCCUGGCAUUCUCCGGGUCGCGAAGUUGCCUAAUUUGGCAGAGGCGGGAGUCGGUUAACUCAGCACCUCCACGAAUCUUACGCCUCCGCACAGCUUCCCUCCCCCGUUCUGUCAAGAUGCAAGCUCAAUCGUCGUUGCCCACGUCUGCAACACAGGCGAAAGACAAGCACUACAUGCUUCUUGGACACAGUUUGGCCCGACUAUCAAGGGCCGUCGGGCAGACCGCGGAUUUGUGCGAGCUUAUGAGAAUCAAUCUGGAUGCUAUGAAGGUGCUAGCAGCGACACACGCGGCUCAGUAAGUUGCAGGAAACUCUAGUA